AAGCUGUCACCUGGAGUAUACAAACGACCCGUGAGCAGCUCGGAUUCCUGCAGGUUCUGCUCGGCUCUGUCUCCUGUCUGUCACCAUGGGGGACGUGGUCUCCUCUCACCUGGAUGAGAGCAGGCGGGAGAUGAUUACAGCCCGGACCAGAGAUGUGAUGAAGGAGUUCAGCGACGUGUACGAGCAGCAGUACGCGGUCGCCCUCUUCAACAGCGUCCGCUUUGAGAUAGAGGGAGGAGGAGGGACGCAGUCGCAGCUGCUUCACAGGAAGGACCCCCUGGCGGGCCGGUCCAUUUUCUCAGGGAAUCUGUUCCAGUACCUGGAGGAGAACCGGAAGUGGAGGAAUCGCUUCGUAUCCGUGCCCAACGCCUACACCAUCAACCUCCACGAGAGCAAGAAGGCACACGAACAGGGACUGCAUCCAAAAAUCACCAUCAACUGUGCCGGGUACAAGGCCCUGACCUCGAUGGACGAGUACAUGGAGCUGAUGAACACCAGCCUGCCAGGCGUCAAGGCCAAAGUGGGCAACAACCCGUUCAUCAAGUGUGCAACCGCGUUCCCCCUCAUCCUGUGGCACCCGUACGCCCGUCACCACUACUUCUGUGUUAUGACGGAGAAGGAGCAGAAGAAGUGGCACGCCGUGCUGCAGGACUGCGUCAGGCACCGCGACAACGGUCUGCCAGAGGACUGCACCGUUCAGACGCCAGCCUUCACGGUCGCUGUGAGACGCCACAGACAAGCCAAGGGACACUACGGCACCUGGGACAUGAUGUGCGGAGCCCCCCCACAGAUUCUGGCUAACCUGGUGAUGGAGGGGCUUCACCCCGAGUUAAGAAGUGCGAUUGGUCCUCGCCUGAAGGGGAAAAUGCAGCAGAGGCAGAGGAGCUGGAUGUUGAUCUCUGAUGCUGUGUACAGGCAGGUGUUGACUCAAACCACCACUCAGUACGGGGCGCUGGUGGACGCCUGCGAGGCCCAGAGAGUUCCACUGGACGCACGACUGCGAACGGACAUGGACCAGAUCAUCACGUCGAAAGAGCACGUCAGCAGCAAGAUACGAGCUCUGGUGCUGCCCAAGGCGGAGGCGCUCCUGCGGAACAGCAUCCAGCCGUACAUCAGCUCCAUCCUCGAGGCGCUGAUGGAGCCCACCAGCCGGGGCUUCGCCGAGGUCAGGGAGGUCUUCUUCCGCGAGCUGGUGGAGAUCAGCAAGAACUCGCUCAACGGAGGGGGCAAGGAUAAACUGGGAGACCACAUGGAGAGACUGUCCAUGCUCGCCUUCCACCCCGUGAAGAUGCAGAGCUGCUACGAGCAGGUGGAGCAGCUGAACCUGGAGGGGCUGCAGCAGCGCUUCGACGUGUGCAGUCCCUCCGUGUUCGUCAGCAGAGCUCAGAUCCUCAUGAGGGAGCAAAUGGACAAUGCCGUGUACACAUUUGAGCAGCUGUUCCACCAGUCUUUGGAGAACCAGGGAGAGAGCGACAUGUGCAAGACCGUCCAGCGGUGCCAGGACCGGGUCCUCAAGAAAUACGACUACGACAGCAGCACCGUGCGCAAGAGGUUCUUCAGAGAGGCUCUGCUGCAGAUCAUCAUCCCCUACAUGCUGCAGCGGCUCUCGGUCACCUGCUCACCUGAGCUGCCUCGUUUCAAAGAGCUCAUCUUCGAGGACUUCUCCCGUUUCCUGCUGGUGGAGAACAUGUACGACGAGGUGGUGCUGCAGUCUGUCACCAAGGACAUAAUGAUGGCUGUGAAGGAGGCGGCCGUCCAGAGGAGACACAACCUGUACAGGGACAGCAUCGUUCUGACCAACAGUGACCCCAACCUGCACCUGCUCGGAGAAACGCCUUCGGUGGACUGGGCCUCCAAGUUUGGCGCCGACGAGCCCGAGGAGGUUGUCGGCAGGAGUAUGGAAGGAGGGGGUUCGGGGAGUAGACGCAGGCAGGUGGUGUCCAUGAUCCAGCUGGACGGGGUGCCUCUGGCCUACGAGUCCUGUCUGGAGGUCCCAGGGGUGGAGCUCAUCCCCGAGGAGGACGGCGAGCUGUCUGAGGGACAGAGGGAGGACCGAGGGGAGGACGAGGAGGCGGACGAGGAGCUUCCCGAGGGGCCCAAGUCUCCCGACAGCGUGAAUGAAAUCAGGGACCUAAUCAACCCGAUGGUGGAGAUGGUGCUGCCGGUGGCGGAGGAGCAGCAGAGCGACUUGGCCAACGGGACGGAGGCGACCGCCGGCACGCUCACCGCCGAGGACGGGCUGCAGGAGGAGGUGACGCACGUCACCACCGUAGUGGACGACGUCCCCAGGAAGUCCCCGCGAGACAGGGCGUCGGUGCAGACCAUCCUCCAGCAUCUGGUCGAGAGCAAGAAGCAGGAAGGCGACAACGAGCGGCGGGAGGAGGCGGCCGUCCAGGAAACGCCGACAGCGGUGCAGGAAGACGACAGUGGACUGACGGCUGACGUCUCCGCGGCAGGUUCUGAUUCCGAGCGGCCACCACCGCUGCCCACGGACUCCAGCUCGCGAGACGACAGCGGCUUCCAGUCGCCGACCGGUGCCGCGACGGAUGAGAGUGAGCCUCGGCCAACGACAAACGGCCUGAGCGGAGAGGACAAAAUCCUUGACCCGGUAGAAGUGGAAGUGACUUUGGCGUGAAAGAGGGCAACGCCCUUCACAUAACUGGUCACGUGUCACGGGAGAGACGUGGAAAUAAUUUAGAUCGGAUUUGAAGGUUUUAAUUCUUGUCGAUAUUGCACAUGCCACAAAACCGACUCUCCCAUCACCCCCCCCCCCCCCCCCCCCCCCGGACUCUUCUGAGACAUUUCUUUGGUGACUGGUUCGUCUCUGCAGCAGCUUAAUCUAAAUUGCUCAAUUUUUCUUCAUAUUUUUUUUUCUUCUUUAUGCGACAUAUCGGAUUUAUUUAAGUUAGAUCCCAACGUGGUAUCGGGACCAUUUCACCCCACUGUACACGUCAACGGGCACAAUGAGGGACUUUAAAGUGAUAAUCCGCCUUUUUUAAUCCGAGGGAGAAACACUUAACAACAACUAAAUGUAAGUUAUGAAUAAUUUUAAAAAGUUUGUGCUUUUGACUAAAGAUCAGGUGGAUGAAUGAAUCCCUCUGUAAGGAGCACAGCCUCUACCUGGACAGUAGGGGGAGCUAUAAAUCUAAUUUUGGGACGUGCUACCUUUCUCCGAAUAUGGCUUUCUAUUUUUGUACAUUUUAAUUUUAAAUAUGUAAUUUGUGUACUUUGCAAGCAUUUCUUAUAUUUGCAAAUGGCCUUUAUGUUUCAACACGUUGCAGUAACUGUCAGGGAAUGAUUUCAAAUUUGUGUUUUACAUUUAUAUAUAUAUAUAUAUAUAUAUAUAUAUACAUAUAUCUGGUGGGGAAAUGACCAGAACACAUUGUUCCUCGUGACUUUGCCUGUGGGUUGUGUAGACGACCGACAUACAGUAUGUACUGUCAAGGCUCUUUUGACUUGUAGGAUUUGAUGAACUUUAUUAUGAGGGAGAUUCUUAAUGUAAUAAUAUCACUGAAGUACUUUGAAUCACACAUGACUCCUUUUCUCCUCCUUCUAUUUUAAACCAGCCAUUUUGUUAUUUAAUUCUCCGGGUCAAAGGGAGAGUUUAGAUUUUAUAUCCUCUCCAGUGUCAAAUAUAUAUAUAUAAAGAAUAUUUAUCCUUGUGGAGAACAUUAGUUUAAUGCUCCAGUAAAACAAUCUUUGUGUCACUGUGUCAAUCAUCAUCAUCAGCGACGAUGAUGCAAAUGUUCUAGAAAACAAUAAGUUUCGGGGUCGAUUAACUGUAAAUAUUAGGCUUCAAUUCCUCAAAUAAAUCCAUCUGUAACUAACUGCUUAUGCUUUUAUUUCAAGGGUGUUUCAUUCCCUUAUACGUCUCAGAUGUUUCCUGGAGUUAAGAAUUUAAUAUUAAAUUCUAUUUACUGCUUUAUCGGAGUCGUACACUAACAAUUCAUUAAAAUGUACGGAAUUCGAAGAAUACCAGCUCAUAUGGUUAUAUUAUAUAAAAUACCAGUCAGAAAUUACAUAAUUCCUUUUUAAAAAGUCUUCAGAACAGACGACGGCCUCUAUCCUUAGACGCUUGAUUCAGGAAGAGGAAAAGAAAAAAACAUACUAGUAGUAGAAUUAAUAUGAAUUAUUUAGAUAAAUAAAGUACAAACAUAAUUUUAUGCCUCCAAUUUUUUUUUAAACAUCGUUUGCACCAAAUGAGUUGGUCCUUCCUCUGGAACUUCCUACUUCUCUUUUAGAAGAUUUGACCAAAAUUUCAGACCAAUAAAUAAUAUGUAAUAUUUUUUGUUGUUCGGUCUCACACACUCUAAUGGGUGAAUUAUUUUCACUUGUGUACGAUCUAUAAUUAACGGACCAAGCUGCAGUUUGAUGUUGAAUGAUGAGAAUAGAUUACUAUUCUUUUUUUUCUCUGUUAAACGUUGUGAGUCAAUGACUUGUUGUGGAAUCACACAUCAGUUGUUUUUUCAAGAUAUGGACGAAUAAAACAAUUUAAUCAUCAA